AUGGAGGCGGCCAUGAUCCCCUUGAUCAAGAAGCUCCGUGGCCUGCUCGCAAACGAGUACAACCUGGAGAAACGCGUGAGGAAAGGCGUGAAAUCUCUCAUCACGGAGUUGGAGAUGAUGCACGCGGUUCUAAGCAAGAUCGGCACCAAGCCGGCCGAGCAGUUGGACGAGCAGGACGCUGUCGACGGUUUCCUCGUGCGCGUGGAGGACGUCGGCCAUGAUCAUGGCUCCAACAACAUGAAGAACAGAGUCAAGAAGUUCCUCAAAAGGGCUACCAAAUUGUUUACCAAGGGUAAGGCUCUUCAUCAGAUUUCCAAUGACAUUGAAGAAGCUCAGUGGCUCUCCCAGGAGUUGGGUGACCUGCGCCAAAAGUAUAUGAGUGACGCGGACACCAAAGGUAAUGGUGAUGCCAUUGACCCUCGCCUCAAGGCGGUGUACAAAGAUGUCACAGAGCUUGUUGGGAUAGAUCACAUCAGAGAUGAGCUGAUCGAGAAGCUGUGUGACGGCAAUGAGAGGUCCAAGGACCAAUUAAGGACCAUGUCUAUUGUUGGAUUUGGCGGACUGGGCAAGACAACUCUGGCCAAAGCAGUGUAUGACAAGAUCAAAGUGCAGUUUGAUAGUGUAGCUUUUGUUUCCGUGUCUCGGACUCCUGACAUGACCAAGAUUUUCAAGAAGAUCUUAUAUGAACUUGACAAGAGCAAGUAUGCUACCAUCAACGAAGCUGCUAGGGACCAUGAACAACUCCUCGAUGAAUUGAGGAAUUUUCUUCAGGAUAAGAGGUACCUUAUUGUAAUUGACGACAUAUGGGAUGAAGAAGCAUGGGGAUUGAUCAAGUGUGUUUUCUCCAACAACUACCUUGGUAGUCGAGUAAUGACUACCACCCGCAUUGGCAGUAUCUCUGAAGCAUGUUGCUCUUCUGGUGAUGAUAUAAUAUAUCAGAUGAAACCACUUACUGAUGAUCACUCCAAAAGACUCUUCUACAAAAGAAUAUUUCCUCAAGGAAUUAAGUGUCCCGAUGAGUUGGAGAAGGUAUCUAGAGAAAUCUUAAAAAAAUGUGGUGGAGUACCACUAGCCAUAAUCACUAUUGCUAGUAUUUUAGCUAGUAAUGGUCAAGAUCAACAGAUAAAGCCAAAGUAUCAAUGGGACAACAUACUUGGCUCUAUUGGUCGUGGACUUGCAGGAGGUGGAGGUGCAAAGGACAUGCAGAGAAUAUUGUCCUUUAGUUAUUAUGAUUUACCUUCUCAUUUGAAGACUUGUUUAUUAUAUCUCAGUAUAUUUCCAGAGGAUUUUGAGAUAAGGAGAGACCGGCUGAUAUGGAUGUGGAUAGCCGAGGGCUUUGUGCAAGGUGGAGAACAAGAAACUGGACUAUUUGAGCUUGGAGAGAGUUACUUCAAUGAGCUCGCAAAUAGAAACUUGAUUCAACCAGUACAUGUUGAUGCUACCGAUGCGGUGUUACCCGUUGGGAUCGGGAACCUGACGUCCCUAGAAGAGCUGACUGGAAAAUUGGUGGAUGUGAAAGAGCUAGGGCAACUGGUCAAGCUGAGAGUGCUCUACCUUUGCUGGAAUGGGAGCGAUGAGAGCGUGUGUAAUUCUUUGGUGGAGUCCCUGAGCAAGCUGCAGAAAAUGCAGAGUCUAACAAUUUUCGGUUGUGCAUGGCGUGCAAGGUCUGAUGUCAGCUGGGAUGGCUUUGUGCCCACCCCACAGCUUCGGUACCUCUUGUUUACAAGGUGCACCACGACAUUGCCUAGGUGGGUUAAUUCAUCAUUGGUUCCCCUCCUCUCAUACAUGCAUGUUUCAGUGGACAGAGUGCGUCCGGAAGUUGAUAUUCAGAUCCUUGGGAGGCUUCCCACUCUUCGUUAUCUCUUCCUGUCGACCAACAAAGAUCAACACACUCGUGUCGAAACAUUCGUUGUUGGCGCUAAUGCAUUCCCAUGUUUGAGAGUGUGCGAGUUCUUUGGUUUUCUCACGGGGCCAUCUAUGUUUCCACGAGGAGCAAUGCCAAGGCUUGAAAUCCUGGGGUUCCGUGCUGAGUGGUCGGAUAUUGCCAGCGGUGAGCUGGAUGUCGGGAUGGGACACACCUCCCUUCCCUUCAGAAAGUCAGCGUUGCACUUUGUUAUGGGAAAUCCAGCUCUUCCGUGA